UGCUUACUAAUACAUUCAUCCAAUUUGAAGAUUCUCCAUUCGGAGACCUCAAUGAUCAACUAAAUUUCAAGGGUGAUGAAGACCUAGUCAGUCUGGGAUGGAGCGGUGAUGAUCAAAUAAACCUAUUAGAAGAGUUCGAGCGCUCAUCUGACUUGCUCUCAACAUUUCAAAGAAAUGGAUCCUCAGCUAGUGUUAUCAAUCAUGCUCAUCGAGAAAAUGUAUCUUUCUGCAUUGAGGAUGAAACAAGCAAAAAUCUUGUCUCGAAAGAGCAAGGAAAAGGCUCUGGAAAACAAUCUCAGAAGAAGAGGACUAGAAGACCAAAAUGUGAAGAGAAGAAGAAGCAGAAAUUGAUAGAGCAAAAAGAAAAGCUACGUAUGGAUGUCAUCAGCAAGGGCAUCCUCCGAAUGAUCAGGAGGUUCUUUCAUAGGAUUUUUACUGAG